UGCGCACUUUCCGCAACCAAGAUGGCGGCGCCCACACUGCGCGCAGGGCAGCGCUGGCUCUUGGCGGCGACGCGGCUCCCUCAGCUCCACGGCCAGCGCCGGAAAGGCCUCUUGGCCUCCCAGCUGGAGCGGGGCCUCUUCCAGGAGGUGUUCCCGCCUCAGGCGGCUGAGGAGGGGGAGCUGCUCCGCCUCUUGGAGCCCGGCGGCCAAGCGCCACCCGCGACGGUCUACUGCGGCUUCGACCCGACGGCCGACUCGCUCCACGUCGGACACCUCUUAACAGUGCUGGGCUUGCUGCACUUCCAGCGCGCGGGCCAUGACGUCAUCGCGGUGGUGGGCGGGGCCACGGCGCGGCUGGGGGACCCGAGCGGAAGAGACAAGGAGCGCGAGCCGCUGUCGGAGGCGCGCGUGCGCGAACAGGCGGCGGGGCUGCGCGAGGGGCUGCAGAGGCUCUUCCAGAACCAUCGCGAGAUCUUCUGGGAGGCAAGGGGCGGGGCCCGCCUGGGCCGUCUGACGCUAUUGGACAACGCCGAGUGGCUGGAGCGCGCGCCCGUGCUGGACUUCCUGCUCUGCCUGGGCCCCCAUCUGCGCAUGGGCGCCUUGCUCUCCCGGCAGAGCUGCAAGGCCCGCCUCGGCAGCCCCGAAGGCAUGGCCCUGGCCGAGUUCCUCUACCCGGCCCUCCAAGCCUACGACUUCCUCCACCUCCGGAGGCAGCACCGCUGCCGGGUCCAGCUGGGAGGGGCAGACCAGAUGGGGAACAUCAUGUCCGGAUACGAGCUGGUCUCCAAGGUCACAGGCGAAGACGUCUUCGGAAUAACCGUGCCUCUUAUUACCAACACUGCUGGGAAUAAACUGGGGAAGUCUGCUGGGAAUGCGGUUUGGCUGAACAGAAGCAGGACCUCUCCUUUUGAACUGUACCAGUUCUUUGUUAGGCAGCCAGAUAACAUUGUAAAAAGGUAUCUGAAGCUUUUCACUUUCCUUCCUCUUCCGGAAAUCAAUCACAUUAUGGAAAUGCAUGCUAAAGAGCCUGAGAAAUGGGGACCACAGAAAAGACUUGCUGCGGAAGUAACUAAGCUUGUUCAUGGCAAGGAAGGUCUGGAAUCUGCUAAGAGAUGUACAAGGGCCCUUUAUUACAGUGAUAUAGCUGCACUGGAGACUAUGUCUGACCAAGAGCUACAGGAACUCUUCAAUGAAGCACCAUAUAUUGAGCUGCUGCUUGAACCUGGAACAACGGUACUUGAUUUAUGUCGGAAAGCUAAUGCUGUUGCAGAUGGACCGAGAGGGUAUCGUGACAUAACAAGUGGUGGAGUUUCUAUAAACCAUGUUAAAGUUACUGAUCCUGAUACUAUUCUUGUUCUUGGACAACAUAUACUGAGUAAUGGUUUGUCACUCCUUCGGAUUGGAAAGAGAAAUUACUACAUUGUGAAAUGGCUUCAGUUGUCACAUGAAGAACAAAAAUGUUAAUUUUUUUUAGGUAUGUUAUAGGAGUACACAUUACUUGAAGGGACUUCAAGGGAAAGUAUGUACAACUAACAAGAAAAGUUGGACACUUGUGGAGUGAUUACUUUUUUCUCACUGUGUGAGAUUUGCUAAACUGUAGGAUCAUUUGGAAGAUGGAUGGCAUUUCAUUCCAUACUUUGAUCACAGAACAUGUAGAUUCUAUCCAAAUAAUGUAACGAUGAAAGCAUUUAUAAUACAAUAAAAGAAAAUGGUUAACUUUUCAGUUA